AUGCCCCGUCCUAUCCAUGGCACCGUCACGGAUCUAGUGUCCCAAUUCCUGAUGAAAGCUGUGAGAACUAAUUUCAUAACAGAGGAUGAGCAAGGAUGUAUAAGCUCCAGUACAGAAGGCAUUCUACUUUCUAGGACGCAAACCCACACCCCAGGGAAGAAGCAUCAAGGUUGGAUAAAAUAUCCAGAGAUUACAAUACUGUUCAGAGAACUUGAUGGCAGAUCGCUUCCACGUGUUGUAUUUGAAGUUGGGUUCAACGAAAGCUACGACGACUUGCAGAAUGACGCACGACAAUGGCUUAUACGGUCUCGCGGUCUCGUAAGGCUGGUGUUACUUGUCAGGAUUGAUGAAGAUGUUCGCCAGCUUCAGGUCUACAGAAAUACCAGUUGUUUCAGAUCAAGAGUCAAUGAACUUGUUGCCAAGUACGGAAACGAUUUGGGAAAGAUCAGGGCAGGCAUCGAGUGUGAAGGUUCUGAAGACUCUGAUGCAGAAAUGUACGAAGAUAUCGGUUCUAAAAUCAGGGCGACUGACUGGGUUGGCCGGAUUACUGUGUCACUGGAAGUAUGGGAGAUGCACAAUCACAUACCUACCCUAAGAGAACCGCCUAUUGCUGUCUUUCCAGCACCAGCCAGUCCCCAAAACCCGAAAAUCCAUAUUACAGAUCUCAUCCCGACAGAAAGUAGAAAAAGAUUCAAGAACUUUGAUAACUCGCGGACGGCAGAGCUGGAUAUGGGGCUCUUUCGCCAGAUCCUUGCCUCGGCAACUGAACGUCUUGCACACCAGCGCGCGAUCACCAAGAUUCGACCAAGACCCAAGGAACAUAAUGACCCAGACUAUAGUCCGCCAUCCCAUCCCGACUCUUGCUCAGACUGUAGCUGA